AUGUCUGACAUUUCUGACGUAUGCAAGUUUUCAGUUCAACGGCUUUACCUGACAAGUGAUAAAAAUACAGGAAUUGCCUACGCUAGUCGCAAACGACCAAAUCUGAUCAUGGCUGUCACUCGAUCACAAUCGAGAUCACUGUCAAAAAGCAGGCAAACGAGAGCGACAAAAAAAAAACUUACAAGAGUAGUGGCUGAACACUACAAUGCAAGAAAAGGUGCCAGUAAUGUAGACAGAAAAUUGAGUCAUGUUAUGAACUUGAGAAAUUUUAAUAAUUGGAUUAAGAGCAUGUUGAUAAGGAAGUAUGUUGACAAAAUUAAACGAAAAAAGGACAGAAGGGCUGCUAAAAAAGCACAUAGCAUAGUGCCAGUUCAAAAUAAUGGGCAGUGUCAGCACAAAAUCAAAGUCUUGGACUUGUGUUGCGGAAAGGGAGGAGAUUUGCUCAAGUGGGAAAAGUCGAAUGUCACUCAUUUGGCGUGUGUUGAUAUUGCCGAAGAGUCGGUGAAGGAGUGCAAUGAUCGCUAUGUGCAAAUGUCUAAAAAACGUGAACAAUAUUUUACAGCUGAAUUUAUAGUGCAUGACUGUACAAAGGCUGGUCUUGCCAAAAAAUUAAUACACAAAAAAAAGCAAUUUGACAUAGUUAGCUGCCAGUUUGCUCUGCAUUAUAGCUUUGAAUCUCGGAGGCAAGUCAAGAACUUGCUCAAAAAUGCUAGCAGGAAUUUGAGGUCUGGUGGCUACUUCAUUGGUACAAUGCCCAAUGAGAGUGAAUUACUGUCUAGAUGGUAUGCUACUAAGGAAAACAAAUAUGGCAAUAAUAUUUACAAUGUCGAGUUUUACUGUGAAAAAUUGAAUCCACCUUUUUAUGGUGCCAAAUAUCAUUUCUAUUUGAAAGACGCAGUUAACUGUCCUGAAUUUCUUGUUAAUUCUGUUACUUUACAACAAUUAGCUUUGAAGUAUGGUCUGAAAUUCAUAGUUUUUAAAAGUUUCAGCGACUAUUUUGAUAAAAUGAAGGAAGUAGGCAAACAACUUAUGUAUAAAAUGCAAGUGCCAUACCCCCCGCAUCACAAUGAUUGCAAUUCAAGGAAUUCUCGCAAAGGUUGCAGGACUCUUUCACAAGCUGAGUGGGAAGUUAUAACGCUUUAUUCGGUUUUUGUGUUUCAAAAGAAUAAGGAUUAG